AGAAGUAUUAUUGUUUUUAAACCGAGAGCAAUGAUUUCUUUUGUAAUUUCACAGUCCUGAAAGCCAGCUUAGUCCCCGGCUCGUGGAAAGCUAGUCAGAACAACCGUCGUCUUCAGUGAGGUGCUGGAAGGUAGCUUUAGUGUCAGAAACCAAACACUUAUGGAAUAAGAGCCGUCUCUCCGGGCAGAGGCUGUGGCUGCCGUUACUGGCCUUCCCUGCCGCCGGCCCUUUCCUGGCGGCCGCCUGCCUGCCCGCCCGCCGCCUUCUCCCUGCGGCCCGCCGUACCUUCUGCAACACCCGGUCGAAGCCCUUCGACUCCACCAUGUACUUCAUAGCCUCCUUCAGGCUCUCCAUCGUGAACCCCAUCCUGGCCUCCCCGCCGACCCGACCGCCGCCUGGCCGCGCCCCGGAACGGCAACCCGGGCGGGCGGGGCUUCCCUCGGCUUCCUGCCGCAGCGGCGAGCCGCGCCGCCCGGCAGCCAUGGAGGCAGCCGAGGAGGACCGGCGCGAAACGGAGGAGGCGGUGCUGGCCCCUUGCCCGGAGACAGGGGAGCAGGAGGAGGAGGAGGAGGAGGGAGAAGAAGAGGCGUUGCCCGUCGCCAAGCGGAGGAAGGUGCUGUGCUCCGAGUUCGCCAGCAUCACCAGCAGCGACGCGGCCGUGGCGCGCACCUUCCUGUCGGACAGCGGCUGGCACAUGCAGAGGGCGCUGAACGCCUAUUUUGAGACGCCAAUGGAGAAGAAGGAGGAAGUGGAGAUGGCAGGCGAGGUGCCGCGAGCCCUCAGCGAGCCCAGGAGCUGUAUUGACCUCACAGCAGAUGCAGCUAGUAGCAAUGCCACCGUCAAUGAUGCAGACUUGAAGCAACAAGAAGAUGACAGCAGCUUCUCGCUGAUAACCUGGAACAUUGAUGGGCUGGACGCAGGAAAUCUGAAAGAACGAGUGAGAGGAGUCUGUUCCUACCUGUCAUUAUACAGUCCAGAUGUUGUGUUUUUACAAGAGGUCAUCCCACCAUAUCUCUGUUUCCUACAGAUGAGAGCAGGCAAUUACACUAUUAUUCCAGGUAACAUAGAUGGCUAUUUCACUGUUGUGAUGUUGAAGAAAUCAAGAGUGAAGCUAUUGAAACAUGAGAUAAUACCUUUUCCAACAACCUCCAUGAUGAGGAACCUUUUGGUUGUGCAUGUGAGCAUAUCUGGUAACGAACUUUGCCUUAUGACCUCUCAUCUGGAAAGCACUAAAGAUCACUCCAAGGAGCGUAUAAAGCAACUGCAGGAGGUGUUAAGCAAAAUGCAGAAGGAGUCUGAGUCCACCACUGUUAUAUUUGGAGGGGAUACAAAUCUCAGAGACAGUGAGGUUACUAAACUAGAUAACUUCCCUAAGAACAUUAUGGACAUCUGGGAGUUUUUGGGGAAACCUCAACACUGCCGCUACACUUGGGAUACUCACUCCAAUACCAACCUGGGAGCAGGGUACAAGUGCAAGAUGAGGUUUGACCGUGUUUACUUUCGGCCUGCAGCAGACGGGGGACAUAUUAUUCCGCGAAGUAUGGACUUAAUCGGAUUGGAAAAACUAGACUGUGGCAGAUUCCCUAGUGAUCACUGGGGUCUUCUGUGUAACUUCGAUGUGAUAUUGUAAUACAGAAAAAAAGGCUUCUGCUGUUAGUUUUUAGGUGAUCUGUUCUUGUUUUUACAAAGUUUUGCCCUCUCAGUUUAAGAGGGUGUGUAUAAAUUUUCAGUGCUAACUUAUUCUCUGCUCUUGACUUAUGCUGGGAUGGUUAAUUUCAAGCCAGGGUUUCCUUUUCCUUGUUGUAUGAAUCGCAUUUUAAAAUAUUUAUUUUUAACAAUGUACACAAAUAAAAGAAUAAAGUCUAGUUUCAAAAUGGGAAGAAAAAGCCUGUAAAUACAUUCCGUAAACAUACUCGGUGAUUUAAAAGGGAGUUUUAUUUGGGCAGGUAUUAUAAUCUCUUAAUAAAUGCUGCUUUUUUAUUUUAAGGA